GCCACCAAGCGGGCGUGCAGCGGCAGCGGCUACAUGAGCGCGACGGGGGUGGCGGCCGGGCAGCGGCCCCGCAGCUCGGGGGUCCCGGGCUCCCGCGGCGCAUCACGCCCGCGCCCGCGCCCGCCGGCAGUCGCCCAGCCCGGAGAGCACGGCGUGCCGCUGGGGCUCAGCGAGGCUCAGAAGCGGGUGCUGGACUUGGAGAAGAGCGUGCAGUUCCUGCAGCAGCAGCACUCGGAGACGCUGGUCAAGCUCCACGAGGAGAUCGAGUACCUGAAGCGGGAGAACAAGGAUCUCCACUACAAGCUCAUCAUGAACCAGAAACCGCAGAAGAAAGGCAGCAUGUCGAGCUCCAGCCUUCAGUCCAGCAAGUCCGUCUCGAAUACGACGGUGUCGGCCAGCUCUCAGGGCAAGGCCAGGCCCCAGCCCGGCUCCUCUAAGAAGCAAGACUGGAAAGCUGAAGUCCCCCAGAAGCCGGACCUGGAGGAGGAGACCUCGGUCACCACCCUGCUUCAGGGCGGCAGGGUGGACAAGGCCCUCGGGGUGCAGGGGCUUGUUAAUAAGGAGGAAGAAGCAGACAGUGGUAGCGUAGUGCCCCCCUGGGCGGUGGGCAGCCAGCACAAGGGCAGGCAGGUGCCAGGGGCGCCCCCCUUGGCGGGCCUGCCCCUGCAUCUGCGCAAGCCUGCCACGCUGCAGCAGUGUGAGGUCGUCAUCCGGCAGCUGUGGAAUGCCAACCUCCUGCAGGCGCAGGAGCUGCAACACCUCAAGUCGCUCCUGGGAGGGAGCCAGAGGCCCAGGGCGGGCCCCGAGGAGGCUGGGCCCAGCUCCCCCAGGGACCAGGAGGCCCUGCACUUGGGGUCCACGCAGCUCCCCAAGGUUGCCGCCAAGGGCAUCUCUAAGAAAUGCCUGAUCCUGAGCCGGGCGCCUGUGGCGGAGCGCGCCAUCCUGCCAGCGCUGAAGCAGAGCCUCAAGACCAGUUUCGCGGAGCGGCAGCGGCGGCUACAGGCGGUGCAGGGCCGGAGGCUGCGCCGCUUGCCGCUCUGAGUGCCGGUGCGGCCGCCACGCUGCACGACUGCACCCACGGACUCCCAGUGCUCGUAAGCCAAGCCAACUUCCCAUCAACCAGGCCCACGGAGGAUGCCGCCCGUGGCCUCAGGGCUGGGAACUGCUUAUUUUCCCGUUCAGUUAUUUUGCUAUUCCGCGUUCUCACGCCUGUGUUAUGAAAUAAGCAUGAGCCUACCUGUCGAAGACUGGAAAUAAAGCUCGUUUCUCC